ACUCGUGUCUUGGGCUAGCGGGUGACGCCGCGAAGGCGAUACUGCCGGCGCCCACCAGAGAGCAGUAUAGCGCCGCGUGCUUCACCGGUCAGCCCCUUUAAGGCAGGCGGCGGCCGGAAGUGCUGGCGGCCGAGGCCGCGGCGGGCACUGCGCAUGCGUUUCUGCUGCCCGACCCGCCCCUCCCCCCCCCAUCCCCCCGUUCCCCCGUCCCACAGCCCCCGGUCUCGGCCGCUCGCCGACGGGAGGAGAAAACCUUGCUGGGUUCAUGUGAGAGAUGGCGAAUGCUGAGGUGAGCGUCCCUGUAGGUGAUGUGGUGGUUGUACCAAGUGACGGGAAUGAAGGGGAGAACCCGGAGGAUACCAAAACCCAAGUGAUCUUGCAGCUCCAGCCGGUGCAGCAAGGGAUUUACCAAGAGGGGUCUGAGGCCAGCGCUGCUGUGGUGGCCGUGGAAACCCACACCAUUCACAAGCUGGAAGAAGGGAUUGACCCCAGCAGCCUUGAAACGAGUGAGGAAAUUGAGAUCGCGUACCCCAUCACUUGUGGGGAGAGCAAAGCUAUCCUUCUCUGGAAGAAGUUUGUCUGUCCAGGAAUUAACGUCAAGUGUGUGAAGUUCAAUGACCAACUGAUUAGCCCAAAGCACUUUGUCCACUUGGCUGGGAAGUCUACCCUGAAGGAUUGGAAGAGAGCCAUUCGCCUUGGAGGAAUCAUGCUAAGGAAGAUGAUGGAUUCGGGGCAGAUUGACUUCUACCAACAUGACAAAGUUUGCACCAACACCUGUCGAAGCACCAAGUUUGAUCUCCUGAUUAGCAGCGCUAGAGCACCAGUGCCAGGGCAGCAGAGUGUGGUGCAGACUCCAACCUCAGCUGAUGGGAGCAUCACCCAGAUCGCACUGUCGGAAGAGAGUAUGGAGGAGGGGAUCGAGUGGAACUCGGCUCUGACAGCUGCUGUCACCAUGGCCACUGAGGAAGGCAUGAAAAAAGACACAGAUGAGAUCUCAGAGGAUACGCUUAUGUUCUGGAAAGGAAUAGCUGACGUGGGGCUGAUGGAAGAGGUGGUGUGCAACAUCCAGAAGGAGAUAGAAGAAGUCCUAAAAGGUGUGCAGCAGCGGUUGGGUCAGUCUCCUUUCCAGAUGACAGAUGCUGCAGUCCUGAACAAUGUUGCCCAUACAUUUGGCUUAAUGGACACAAUCAAGAAGGUACUGGACAACAGGAAAAACCAGACAGAGCAAGGAGAGGAGCAGUUUCUUUACACACUGGCAGACCUGGAGCGGCAGCUGGAAGAACAGAAAAAACUUGCCAGGGACCAGAAGGCCAAGUCCCAAACCAUCCAGAACGUGGUGCUGAUGCCCAUGAGCACUCCCAAGCCCCCCAAGAGACCCCGUCUGCAGCGCCCAGCUUCUGCCACCAUCCUCAGCCCCUCCACUCCCAUCCAGCAGCCUCAGUUCACUGUCAUCUCCCCCAUCGCCAUCGCGCCCGUUGGACAACAGUUCUCUGUGGGCAACAUCCCAGUGGCAACCCUCAGCCAAGGCUCCAGCCCAGUGACUGUUCAUACCUUGCCGUCUGGCUCCCAGCUCUUCCGAUAUGCCACUGUGGUUUCAUCCUCCAAGACCAGUUCCUCAGACACUGUUACCCUGCACCCGUCCUCCAGCCUGGCACUGCUGAGCUCAGCAGCCAUUCAGGACAGCGGGGCCCUGGCCAACAUGGCAGCUGUGGUCAGCCCUGUGGAACUGGUGGCCAUGGAGUCUGGCAUCACUUCUACCAUCCAAGCUGUGGAAGGCACCUCGGACGAUGGGCAGACCAUCAUAGAGAUCGACCCGGCACCAGAUCCUGAGGCAGACACAGAUGAAUCAGAGGGCAAAGCUGUAAUCCUGGAGACAGAGCUGAGGACUGAGGAGAAAGUGGUGGGCGAUGGGGAAGACCAUCAGCACCAGGUCCAUAAUGUGGAGAUUGUGGUCUUGGAAGACUAGUGGGGAAGGCAAGCAUCAGUUAGGGGAAGAGUUGGGAAUUUGUUUUAUUUCAGACUUUUUUGUUAAGCAUCUUUUCCAGCCCCCCCAUUUGUUACCAUAGAUAUUUUCAUUGUACUGUAUAUUAUAUAUAUAUAUAUAUGUAUAUGUAUAUAUAUAUAUAUAUAUAUGCAAAACUUUGUUUUUUAAAACAAAGCUGGAGAAGUGGGAGACGUGGAUAAGGCUCCGUCUCCCUGGAGCACUGAACAAUACCACAUUGGCAAGGAGAGACUGGAUCUCUGCUGGACAACACAAGCAGGAAGAAGUAGCUAUGCCUCAGUGCUUCUGCUCCAGGGCUGCCCUGGCCCAGAGACUUUAUUUGAGAGACAAUAACACUUGAGUGUGGAUGUGGCUGUGAGAAGGGGUGAUGGAUUUGGGGUGGAACAGGUACCUCAUUUAUAUUUUUAUUUUCCCCAGGGAAGGGAAUUCCGUUGGACCCUUUGCUGUCACCUCAAAUGGGAUUUUUUAUUACUUUUCUUGCUUUGGAGAGGCUGACAGUACAAUGAAUUUACUGUUCAUCUUCUCCUCCUCCACACAAAUUGUUUUUGUAUUUCUAUUUUUUUGUAUUUGUUUGCCCUUUCCCUUCCCUUAUCCAGAUUUCCCAGCUGCAAAGUCCUGGGACCUUCUCUCAGGGUCCCUAUAUCCCAAUCCCUUCUCUUCCCAUGGCACUUUUCCCCCAUCCCUUUCCCUGCCUGGCAAGGCUCGGUGCUGCAAAUGCCGCUUGAAGACUCCAAGAUCACUUCAGCCUUUUGUAUAAGGCGAAAAAUAUCAACUGAAGCUCAAACCCAGAUCCUCCCCCUUGGCUACUCAGCACCACAGGGACUUUUCGGGUUGUACAAAGCAUGCUGUGCUGUUGCUUUCCAGGAGAGCUGGAUUUUGGAUCGGGACAGCUUCUGUUUACACUGUGUGCUGAGGCUGCUCCAUGCUUGUUGCUACUUGUUUGGUGGUUUUAUUUUUAUAUUAUUUUUUCUUCUUUCUUCCUAUAAUCUCUUGGCAGGGUUAGAACUGGCAUGAUGCUGAAAUACUGUGCACCCUGCUGUUUUCCCUCUUUCCUUCUUUUUUUUAUCAGUGGUUGGAGAUCCAUUUGGGCUUUGCCACACUGGGAAAAUGGAAGGGGGGAAGCACCGGGUGGCUUUAGAGCUGCAGAGGUUUGGGAGGGCUGGGAGGGUGGGAGCUGCUUGGCUGGAAAUAUUAAGCAAAACAACAGCAAAGGACACACACCUGGGGAGGGUGGAGGGAGGGCAGGAAGAUGUGUUUGGCUAUUUUUCUGCAUUAAAAGAAAAAAAUUGAAUUAAGCUCCAAUGGAUUCUUUCAUUGGAGAGGUGAAAAGCCGCUGUCACCUUGGGGACAGUAGGGGAUGGGCAGGAAUUCCUGAACCCCAGUUUGUGAGGUAUGGUUGCUGCUAUUCUGAUCUUGGCCUCUGGGAAGUGUUUCCUGGCUUAGGAUGGAGGUGGGAACAGCUGUGGUAGCUAGAUCCCAUGCUCAGCCUAGAGAAGAGAAGGCUCCAGGGAGACCUCAGAGGCCUUUCCAAUGCUUAAAGGGGCUCCAAGAUGAGCUUUCAGGUCUCUUCCAACACAAACCAGUCUGGGAUUCUGUGGUUUUGGAUCAGGGAUCCACCUCCUUCCAUAUACAGCCACCUUCCCUCCGUUCUCCUCUGGCUUGCUCCUUGCAGGUAGCCCCCUUGAUUGAAGGGGAAUGGAGACCUUUUGGGGACCCCCUUCCCCAAACCAGGCAUACAAGAGAUUCUGUCAGGUCCCUUCUGGAGCUGUUCGUGUCUCUUGGCCGGGAAGGGAGGGGGGGGGGCGUGAAUCUGGGCUCCCUGCUCGCUGUAAGCCCACCCAAAGCCCUUGACCUGGGUGGGAGUCCCAUAGGACUGUGAUGUCCCCUGGGUCCUCCGCAUCCAGGAGUGCUGGACUGGGGACGGGGAGAGCGAAAAUGUCGUGGCGCGACAGGGUGAGGUUGGGCUGAGCCCGCAGCCGGGCCCCAAAUUUGCCAUUUUUUGUCUUAAAUCCCAAGCGGGGCCGCCUGGCCCUUUAAG